UGCGCCCGAUCAGUCAACAUCAAAUCUCAAUCUGCAAUUGUUUCAAAAACAUCACACCUGUUUCUCCAACAAACUAAAUCUGUCAAAAUGAUGAAGCUACUCGUUGUCCUUUUCGCCGCUUUGUUCGCCGUUGCCAUGGCUGUGCCAGCGCCUGUUGCCCGUGCUGCUCCCGCUCCAGUUCCAGUGGCCAGCCCAGACCCAGCACCUCAGUUCUAUUAUGGUGCCAGUCCCUAUGCCUACUCUGCUUACUCGGGCUAUGCGUCCCCAUACGCUUAUUACGGCUAGGUGACCCCAUCCCACUGAUAACUGGCCUUCACCCGGAUUGUUAAUAAUGGACAUGGAAAACACACGAACUGGCAAAUUUAUUUAGGUUUUUAGUGAUAAAUGCUUACGAAAACAAAAAAAAAAUUAAAUAAAUGUCUAAAAGAAACACAAU